CCUCUUUUUUAUUAUUACAGAUUAAAAAUAAAAAUAACAACUCGGAUGUGUCCACUCACACUGGAAGUCGUAGGCCAUUAAUAAAUAAAUACCCAACAAACCUUUAUCAGCAUCCAUCCAUCGAAGAAGAAAAAAACUUCAAUUUGACAAAAAUGGCAAUCUCCCGAGGAGAUAUGCCUCUCCUCCUCACUCUUCUCUCUCUGCUUCUGCUCUCUUCCUCCUCCUCCCUCUCCGCGGCUCGGCUUGAGGUCGAACCUUCAGAUCUGAGAGCUCUUCGGAUCGUAGAGAGGGACCUUGGAGUCAACGGUCAACAUCUCUCCUCUCCCGGAGUCAACCCCUGCAGCAGACGCGGCGUCUUCUGCGAGAGGAGGCUCUCCGCCUCCGUCACCGGAGGAGAUGUUCUCCGCAUCACGAGGCUUAUCUUCAAAUCCCGACGGCUCACCGGAUUCAUCUCGCCGGAGAUCGGACAGCUGUCGGAGCUCCGGCAGCUCACUUUGGCCAACAAUCAGUUGGUCAGAGAUCUCCCGACAGAAGUCUUGCGGUGCAAGAAACUCGAAGUUCUCGAUCUCGGGAGCAACAGAUUCUCCGGUCAAGUCCCGAGAAAUUUUUCGGGGUUGACCCGUCUUCGCAUUCUCAACCUUUCUUCCAAUAGAUUUUCCGGGAGCUUGGAUUUCUUGAAGAAUUUUCCCAACCUGGAAAAUCUCUCCGUUGCGAAUAACCUCUUUUCCGGGAAAGUCCCAGUAUCAUUACAGUCCUUCAGCAAUCUCCGGUUCUUCGACUUUUCGGGAAACCAGUUCUUGGAAGGUCCAGUUCCACUUACGAGCAAAACCAAGCUCCAAUCAUCUCUGCAACCAACAAGACGAAUUCUUGCUCAAAACGCAUCUUCGAAUCCCACCAAGAAAGCUAAUGACAGUUCAUCAGGAGCAACAGCUCAAGCUCCAACUGCAGCAGUAAAGAAGAAGAAAAGCAACAGGAAGAAGAAAGUAGCAGCAUGGAUCCUAGGGUUCUUCGUGGGAGCCAUAGCCGGAUCGAUUUCAGGGUUCGUCUUCUCCAUGAUGUUUAAGUUGAUUGUUGCAGCAAUAAGGGGAGCACGCAAGCCCGCAGGUCCAUCCAUAUUCAGCCCUUUGAUCAAGAAAGCCGAAGACCUGGCUUUCCUAGAGAACGAAGAAGAGAUAGCUUCUCUUAGCUUCGCCAUAAAGAAAGUUAUCCAACCGUCUAAAGACGCCAGCGAGCUUGCAGAGGAAGACACCAAGCUUCUGAACAAGAAGAUGAGACAAAUCCGAUCUGAGAUCAACACUGUCGGCCAAAUCAGGCAUCGGAAUCUUCUCCCGUUACUGGCACAUGUUUCAAGACCUGAUUGCCAUUAUCUCGUUUACGAGCUCAUGAAGAACGGGAGUUUACAAGAUGUACUAAACGACGUAGCGACAGGAAACGGAGAGCUAACCUGGCCGGCUAGGCACAAGAUUGCAGUAGGGAUAGCUGCAGGGCUUGAAUACCUCCACAUGGACCACAGCCCGAGAAUCAUACACCGAGAUUUGAAACCGGCAAAUGUUCUUCUAGACGAUGAUAUGGAGGCCCGGAUUGCAGAUUUCGGACUGGCAAAGGUAGUUCCAGACGCAAACACGCAUGUCACGACGUCAAAUGUUGCCGGAACAGUUGGAUACAUAGCGCCCGAGUAUCAUCAAACCCUGAAAUUCACUGAUAAGUGCGAUAUAUACAGUUUUGGGGUCAUACUCGGGGUUCUGGUGAUUGGGAAGCUUCCAUCAGAUGAGUUUUUCCAGCACACAGAGGAGAUGAGUCUGAUCAAGUGGAUGAGGAACAUGAUGACAUCGGAGAAUCCGGGCCUUGCCAUCGAUCCAAAGCUGAUGGGACAAGGCUACGACGAACAAAUGCUUCUGGUUCUUAAAAUCGCUUGUUUCUGUACUCUGGAUGAUCCGAAACAGCGGCCCAACAGCAAGGAAGUCAGAACCAUGCUGUCUCAGAUUAAGUAGCAGAGGCAGUAACUUAAGAUGUUGUUUAUGUUUGCUUGCAAGUGUGGUUUCGACAUUUUCUGCUGUUUAAGGAAUAACUGUGGUCACUGUCACCUGUAUCCAAAGAAGCUUGUGAUGAACGAAUGUUAUCACAUCACUGUGAAGUUGUUAAGGCAAUCUCAAGUUCAUCUUC